AUGGCGCUUCGAGAACGGUCGAAAAUGAUGAGCGUGACUGUGGACGCAAUCAAGACUAUCCAAGACUUCGUUGACAACUACGAUGCCGAAGUUGACCAAAGUAAAAUCGAAUCUAGAUUGAUGAGAUUGGAUCAACUGUACAGCCGAUUUGAAGCCGUCUCCAUUGAGGUGGAAUUGUUGAUGGACGAGGAGGCUGAGACGAAGGCCACAUUUACGAAAAACCGUAGUGAAAUGGAAGAUACAUACUAUGCGCUGCGUGACUUCCUCACCUUGAACAAACCCGACAAACUCUCCUCUCCCAACUCUUCCCACGUUUCUUCGUCCGUUGUGCGAUUACCGAAGAUCGAUCUUCCGACAUUCGAUGGUGAGAUCGAUAAUUGGAUCCCUUUUCAUGAUGCCUACCGUAGCUUGAUCCACAAUAAUAAGGAUCUUGCUGCCGUCGACAAGUUCCAUUAUCUAAUGGCGGCACUGAAGGAUCCAGUAAAACGACUACUGGAUACAACGAGCAUCACAGGGAACAACUACAAGAUCGCCUGGGAUCUUCUAGUCAGUCGGUACGACAAUAAGCGCCUCUUAAUUAAGAACCACAUCAAUUCUCUUUUCAAUGUAGAACCUGUUGAAGAGGAGUCUUCUGUUGCAAUUCUAGCACUGGUUGAUCAUUUUGAACGACAUGUGAAGAUUCUGGCGACGUUGGGAGAGCCAACCACAGAAUGA